AAAGCUAAUUUCAGCAAGUGGCACCCAUCGACUGCAGAUUCAACAUCAAACGCAAAUACUGAAGAAAAAAGCUGUAAAAAGAAGUCCAGUGCGAAAUCAAGUCACAGAAAUCAGCCUGAGAAAUAUGCAAGAGGUGCGUCAUAUAUGAAUGAUACAUCAGAUGUGGACAGUACAUCAGAUGUAGAUGCCACAUCAGAUGUGGAAGAUGCUUCAGAAGUGGAAGGUGCGUCUGGAGGACAGAGUGGAGAUUGUCCGAUUUGCCUAUGCCCAAUUACUGAUGCUAAAACUUUAUCCCUUUGCGGACAUGUAUUCUGUCAGCUGUGCAUAGACCAUAGUUUCUCUGCAAUCGGUCAGUAUUGUCCGAUAUGUCUAAAAGUCUACGGAGUGAUUACAGGCAAUCAGCCAUCUUCUUCGAUGCAAGUUCAAGACUCAUUUAGCCAUUUGCCUGGUUUUGAAAAUUUUCAAUCAUACCAGAUAUCAUACCACAUUCCAAGUGGAGUACAAGGUAAAAAUCACCCAAAUCCUGGUAAAAGUUACUAUGGAACAGACCGAACAGCUUACCUUCCAAAAACUGAACAAGGGACCACAGUUUUAAAAAUGCUUCAGUUAGCCUUCAGUAGGCGGCUGAUAUUUACAGUGGGAAAGUCUCGAACUACAAACAUGGAAAAUAUGGUUACAUGGAAUGACAUUCAUCACAAAACUAGUCGGAUUGGAGGUCCCAGCGGGUAAAUAACAUUUAAAUUAUUUAAAUCC